UUCAUUUUCAGGAGCAUUCGAAACGUUUCUAAAUUUUGCCUUGAGAUUGUGCACACGUUGGAGAAGAAGAGAUCAUCCAAAUGGCAGAUAUUACAAACGUUUUUAAAGCAACAGUGAAAGCUUUGCGAACCAGAAAGAAAUUUACAGGAGAUGGCCAGAAAUCGCAGACGUUUACUAAUAUUUUACCAUCAUCAAAACACAAAGGCGACUUUGAAAGGAAAAGCAAAGAAAUAGUGCAGAGUAUUACAAAAUUGAAAGAUUUCCUACUGGAACACAGGAAGGCAUAUGUUAGCACUGGAAGCCACCUUAGUGCAGAAACCUCCACUAUGUCUGACACAGAACGUGAUCAGAUUGAUGAAGAGGCAGAGAAAGUGAUCCACAUGUGCCAGGAAUCUUUGUCUCUGAUUAAGAACUUAAAUGGGCGACUUCAACCUCAGACAAAAGAACACAGAGCUGCUGUCAUCAGACUUGUAGAAGAUUACCUUAAAGUGGUUUGUAAAAUUUACAGUGAGCAGAGAGCAGUGAGGGUGAAGAGGGUAGUUGAUAGAAAAAGAUUGUCAAAGCUAGAACCUGACAAAUUAAUAAAACAAAAACGACACAACAAGCAGUCUUCUCCAACGGAGACCAGCAACACUUAUCAAUCUAGUGAGCAGAGCCAGUCUAGUCAAGAAGAGAGAACACCAACAAAAUCUAAACAUACAGAGGAAAGGAAGGAGGAAGAGGAAGAAAUAUCACCAGAGGAGGCUCAGAUGUUUGAGAAAGAAAAUGCAGCAUUAUUUGAGGAGAUGACCAGUAUGUCACAAGAAGUUGGUCAAAUAGAGGGUAAAGUCAUGGAAAUUGCCAAACUUCAAGAAAUCUUCACAGAGAAAGUUUUAGAACAGGAGAAAGACAUAGACAGAAUUGAGCAGGUUGUUGUUGGCUCCACAGAAAACAUUAAAGAGGGCAAUGAGGAGAUCAGACAGGCUAUGAAGAACAGUGCUGGUUUCCGUGUGUACAUUUUAUUUUUUCUCCUCCUACUGACUCUGUCACUACUUUUCCUGGACUGGUACAACACCUAACAAAGGGAGGCAACUUGUGUAGAAAAAGAAGUCAAGCUAUUAAAGGGAGAUAAAUUUUGUCCCAGUGUUAUUUAAAAACAACCUCACAUACAGAUGCCAGCUUGGGAAAGUGCAAUUUGCUUGCUGGAGCAUCCUCUUUAUAUACAAUUUUAUUCAGUUACUACUUUUUGCCAGUUCUCCUUUUGCUCCUUGCACACACUGUCACAAAAAUGAUAGUGAUAAAUUAGACAAGUAGUGCUUAGUAUAUUGCAUAUAACGGUAAUUUAGACAAGUUGCACUUGUGUGUCCUUGAUUUAAGUGUUAUGUGUAAAUUGCUAAGAGAUUGCUUUUCUUCCUCAAAAUAAUGAAGAGCUUAGUGUUGGUCUAUGUUAUUUUGAAGUUUUCAAGAUUUGAGAAGAAUUACACAAUAACUGUUUUCUUUGUUUCAUUUUCAUAACAUAUAAAUUGUUAAAGUAUAAAAAAAAACAUUAAUUUAUAUUAAUUUAUAUAUUUGUUUGUACAUGUAAUAAUUAAAUGAAAUGCCUAGAUGAUCACAAGUGUUCAUGACAAGAGGAUUUCCAAUGGUGUAAUUAAUGAAGAGAAUUCGGGAGCUGGAGUUCAAAGAGCUAGACCUUUCUUCAAAAUGAUGUUCCCAUACUUUGCCAUCUCUCUGCAGAAGAUGAAAAAAAGAAAGUUAAAUCACCAUUGAAAUGUAAAUUUCAAAUGUGAAGCGUCUUUAAAGGGUUAAUUGGUUUUACAAUUAUGGUUAAUUAAUUUGUCCAACAUUGUACCAAAUUACAGUGGAUAAUUUUUGUGACUUGAAACAUAAAAUUUCUGCUUUGUAGAUUUUACGAUUCCAGACAAACAUCAAAAUAAAGAUGUGGGAUUUAAA